AACCAACUCAUCACUUUUAGGGGUGAAGCGAGAAUUUCGUUCCUUGUAUGUCGCAAAUCCAUCGAUAUACGCCUUCAAUCCAAGCAUAUAUAUGACUUAAAUAGUAACUGCACGAAAUUUUAUUUAAGUACGCUUAAAUAAAAUACUGGAUAAAUAAUCAAUUCGUCACAAUAUUAUUAUUCCCGCCUCACACAGGGACGUAAACGAUACGGUCGCACCAGGCAGGUAGUGUCGCUAAUUAAACUGUAUCUUCUGCCGCAGAACGUCGUUUUGUACAAUAAAAACUUAAAGCCCGCCUUUAAAAAGUAGUGGGGAAACAACCGUUGUCGCGAAAAUGAGCAAUAUAUACAUCCAAGAACCACCCACGAAUGGAAAGGUCUUGUUGAAGACCUCCGCGGGUGACAUUGACAUCGAGCUGUGGUCCAAAGAAGCUCCGAAAGCAUGUAGGAACUUUGUUCAGCUGUGCAUGGAAGGUUACUACGAUGGAACAAUAUUCCACAGGGUGGUACCUGAAUUUAUCAUACAGGGUGGAGAUCCAACUGGGACCGGAACAGGAGGAGAGUCCAUCUACGGCAGGACGUUCAAGGAUGAGUUUCACACCAGACUGCGCUUCAAUCGAAGAGGUUUGGUCGCCAUGGCCAACGCCGGGACACACGACAAUGGGAGCCAGUUCUUCUUCACGUUGGGACGUGCCGAUGAGCUCAACAACAAACACACCAUUUUUGCCAAAGUGACGGGAGACACGAUCUACAACAUGCUCAGGUUAGCGGACGUGGAAUGUGACGGCAACGAAAGACCUUUGAAUCCCCACAAAAUAAGAACGGCCGAGGUGCUGCACUGUCCUUUUGAUGACAUUGAGCCACGUGAAACGAAGAAAGCAAAGAAGGAAAAAGAAAAAGACGAAGGAAAGAAAUCACAGUCAAAAGCCACAAAGAACUUCAGUCUGCUGUCAUUCGGCGAGGAGGCCGAAGAAGACGAGGAGGUGGUCAAUCAAGUUAGUCAGAGCCUGAAAGGAAAGAGCAAAAGCAGCCACGACCUCCUGAAGGAUGAUCCCAGGCUGAGCUCCGUUCCAGCUGUUGAUAAAGGAGAGAAGACAUCUGGAGAUGAAGCAGAGGAGGACGACAAGAGCGAGAAAAUGAGUGAGCUGGUCAGAGCCAAGCUGAAGAAGGAGAAGAGUGCUGCGAAAGCCAGCGAGCCCCAAGACGAGGAGGAGCGGGGCAAGAAGAGCAGCCGCAGCCAAGAGUUGCGUAAGGAAGUUCGCCAGUUGAAGAAGGAGCUGAAGGCGUUGAAGCAAAGAGAAGAUGGCCCUAAGCCCGCCAUGGAUGAAGUCAAGGAGGAGAGCAAAAAGCCGACCAGCGAGGCUGUCGCCGAGUAUCUGGAGGAGAGGAAGAAGUACGAGGAGCGGAGGAAAGACAAGCGCAAGAAAGGGUCGGGCAGAGAGGAGCAGACGAUGGAGCUGCUCAAUCGUUUCAAGUCCAAGCUGUCGACGGCCAUCAGCGAAGCCCCGGAGGAGGAGGAGGAGGAGGAAGAGCUGGCCGAGGACGACGACAAAGGAUGGCUCGGCCACGUGCUGCAGUUUGACGAGCAGUCUCGCAAGGUCAAAGACGCUAACAUGCAGGACGAGGACACCUUUGAGAUCUACGACCCGCGGAACCCCGUCAACAAGCGGCGGCGGGAGGAGAGCAAAAAGAUCAUGAAGGAGAAGAAAGCCAAGAGGUGAGCUCGUGGGGGGGGCCGAGGUGGUGACGGGUGGUCUGUGGCUUCGGAAGCUCGGGUCCUGUUCGAACCAGACCCUUCUUUAUUAAGCGAUUCCCAAACAAACAGAUUCAGGGGGCCGACUGUGUUGUGACCGUGUUGGGACACUUGUGGACAGUCGCUUACGAGUCAUUUGUGAUGUUUUUGUGACGAGCGGGUUGACAAUAAACUGGAUCGACUAGUGAUUGAU